GGUAUCAUUUGAGGAUGUGGCUGUGGACUUCACCUGGGAGGAGUGGCAGGACUUGAAUGAUGCUCAAAGGACUUUGUAUAGGGAUGUGAUGCUGGAGACCUACAGCAACUUGGUGUCACUGAAUGUCCAGAUAGAUGAUGACCUCAUGGAGAGGAACCAAGAAACUCAUGGUAGAUGGUGGCAGCAAAUUGUAAUCACCAACAGCAACACAUCAGUUGAGGAGAGAGUUGUGUUAGGAAAAUCAUUUUAUUUGAAUUCAUAUCAUGUUUUAAAUCUCAUUAUAAAUAAUGGGGACUAUUGUGGAAAGGGACAUGAAGAGUUUUACAUAUGUCAGAAUGCACUUCUUCCUAGAGAUCCAGAGAUGCCUGCUGCAGAGAAACCUGAUGACCAUCAUAUAAUUGGAGAAUUGCCCAGACAUCAUGAGCAUCUUUGUCGGUAUCCCAGUAUUCAAACAGGGAAGCAGCCUUUAGAGUACAGUAGAAAAGGGAAAUCCUCCAACACAGAGGCAAUAGUAUUUACACAUAAAAAGAUUCAUAUGGAUGAGACCACCUAUAAGUAUAAUGAAUAUGGGAAAGGCUGUAGUAAGACAGCUGUCAUUGCCCAAAAAAUAAAUCAGGUAGCAAGGAAAACUGUUCAACAUGCUAUAUGUGGGAAAAUGUUCUAUAAAACAUCUGAACUCACUAAACAUCAGUUUAUGCACACAGGAGAGAAACACCAUAAAUAUGCUGAAUGUGAGAAAUCUUUUCUUAAUAAAUUAUACCUUACCUCACAUCAGAGACCACCUACACAAGAAAAGCUUUAUGGUUGUAAUGAACAUGAGACUUUUUGUCAGAAGUCAGACCUUACAAUUAAUCAGAGAACUCACACAGGAGAAAUGUACUAUGGAAGUGUUAACUGUGGAAAGAGCUUCUGUGAGAAUUCACUCCUCAGCCAUCCUGAGAGAAUUCAUGCAAGUAAAAUACCAGAUAGAUGUAAUGACUGUACAAAAUUUUUCUACCAUGAGUCGGCCCUCACUCUAUAUCAGACAAUUCACACACAUGAGAAACCAUAUGAAUGUAGAGAAUGUGGAGAAUCUUUUAACCAUAAGUCACACAUCACACAUCAGAGACCUCACACAGGUGAGAACCCUUAUGAACAUCAAGAAUGUGGAAAAGCUUUUAGAGAAAUGUCAGACCUCUGCAGGCGUGAGGGAACUCACACAGGUGAGAAACCAUAUGAAUAUGAAGACUGUGGAAAAGCUUUUAGGCAAAAGUCAAAUAUCAGCAUUCAACAGAGAACUCACACAGGUGAGAAACCAUAUGAAUGCAAAGAAUGUGGAAAAGCUUUUAAUCACAUGGGAGAGUUCAGCAGGCAUGAGAGAACACAUACAGAUGAGAAACCAUAUGAAUGUAAAGAAUGUGGAAAAGCUUUUAGGCAAAAGUCAUGCCUCAGCAUUCAUCAGAGAACUCACACAGGUGAGAAACCAUAUGAAUGUAAAGACUGUGGAAAAGCUUUUAGCCAAAAGUCAAACCUCAGCAUUCAUCAGAGAACUCACACAGGCGAGAAACCAUAUGAAUGCAAAGAAUGUGGAAAAGCUUUUAGCCGCAAGUCAUACUUUCGCAUUCAUCAGAGAACUCACACAGGUGAGAAACCAUAUAAAUGUAAAGACUGUGGAAAAGCUUUUAGCCAAAAGCCAAACUUCAGCAUUCAUCAGAGAACUCACCUGGGUGAGAAACCAUAUGAAUGCAAACAAUGUGGAAAAGCUUUUAACCACACAGAGGACUUCAGCAGGCAUGAGAGAACACAUACAGGUGAGAAACCAUAUGAAUGUAAAGAAUGUGGAAAAGCUUUCAGCCGAAAGUCACACUUCAGCAUUCACCAGAGAACUCACACAGGUAAAAAAAUAUAUGAAUGUAAAGACUGCGGAAAAGCUUUUAGCCACAAAGGAGACCUCAGCAGGCAUGAGAGAACACAUACAGGUGAGAAACCAUAUGAAUGCAAAGAAUGUGGAAAAGCUUUUAGUCAAAAGUCACACUUCAGCAUUCACCAGAGAACUCACACAGGUGACAAACCAUAUGAGUGUAAAGACUGUGGAAAAGCUUUUAGCCAAAAGUCGUACUUGAGCAUUCAUCAGAGAAGUCACACAGGUGACAAACCAUAUGAAUGUAAAGACUGUGGAAAAGCUUUUAACCACAAUGGAGACCUCAGCAGGCAUGAGAGAACACAUACAGGUGAGAAACCAUAUGAAUGCAAAGAAUGUGGAAAAGCUUUUAGCCAAAAGUCUUAUUUCAGCAUACAUCAGAGAAGUCACACAGGUGAGAAACAAUAUGAAUGUAAAGAAUGUGGAAAAGCUUUUAGGCAAAAGUCAUACCUCAGCAUUCAUCAGAGAAUUCACACAGGUGAGAAACCAUAUGAGUGUGAAGACUGUGGGAAAGCUUUUAACUACAAGGGAGACCUCAGGAGGCAUGAGAGAACACAUACAAGUGAGAAACCAUAUGAAUGUAAAGAAUGUGGAAAAGCUUUUAGGGAAAAGUCAUACCUCAGCAGUCAUCAGAAAAGUCACACAGGUGAGAAACCAUAUGCAUGCAAAGAAUGUGGAAAAGCUUUUAACCGAAAGUCAAACCUCACCAGUCAUCAGAAAAGUCACACAGGUGAGAAAGUAUACGAAUAUAAAGACUGUGGCAAAGGUUUUAACCAGAAAGUAGACCUCAGCAUUCAUCAGAGAAAUCACACAGGUGAGAAACCAUAUGAAUGUAGAGAAUGUGGAAAAACUUUUAACCGAAACUCAAACCUCAGCAGGCAUCAGAAAAGUCACACAGGUGCAAAACUGUAUGAACGUAAAGAAUGUGGCAAAGCUUUUAACCACAUGGGAAACCUCUGCAAGCAUGAGAUAACUCAUACAGUUGAGAAACCUUAUGAAUGUAAAGAAUGUGGAAAAGCUUUUAGGCAAAAGUCAUACUUCAACAUUCAUCAGAGAGCUCAUACAGUUGAGAAACCAUGUUAAUGUGAAGAAUGUGGAAAAGCUUUUAAUCAAAAGGUAGACCUCAGAAGGCAUGAGAGAACUCACAAAGGUGAGAAACCAUAUGAAUGCAAAAGAUGUAGAAAAGCUUUUAACCAAAAGUUACACCUCAGCAGCCAUCAAAGAAUUGGCAUAAGUGAGAAACCAUGUGAAUGUGAGGAAUGUGGUAAAACAGUUUACUGGAACUCACUAUAAUAGACAUGAACAAAUUCAAACAUGCGAAAAUCCCAAUUAACAUAAUGACUGUGGGAGAAGGUUUUGCCAUAAAUCACAUCACCUUUCAUCAGAGAACUCACAUCGAGAAGAGGCCCUAUAAGUGCACAGCUGCCCCUUGGUAUUGGAGGUUGGUUCCAGGAACCCUUGUUGAUGAAAACUUGCAAAUGAUGAAGCCCCUUUUAUAAAUGGUGUACUGUUUCAAUAUUACCUAUGAAGUUUUUUCUGUGUCCUUUACAUCUGGAGUACAAUAUUUAUAUUACUGAAUACAGAAGGAACUCCUUGUAAAUCAUUGUUAUACUGUAUUGUUUUUUACUUGUAUAAUAGUUUUAUUUUUUUCUUUUGGUUUUUAUAAGUAGUAGAAUCAGCAGAUGUGCAACCCUCAAGAUAUAGAAGAGGGUGAAUAAUUGUGAAAAUAUCUUUUUUCAGCAGUUACAGGGCUGGCUAUAGUUAGCAUAUUGUUUAGAGCAUGUUGCUGAUAACACCUGUACUGGCCAGCCACUGGGGAAAAAAAAAAAAAGUAAAAAGAAUUCACACUGUAGCAGGUGUGAGAUAAUUUACAUGGGGAAAUUCUGCAUGGAUUAAACUGGGUAUGUAUUUUCUAAAAACACCUUUUUUUCUCUUGUACACUUACCUGCAAUCUCAGCUUUUAAUUCUAUGUUGAACCAUGUAAUUUAGCUCUGUUCAGGGAAGUAUGGAUAUAGGUGAUAAACAUUACUUCCAGGCCAGGCAAUAAAAAAAUGUUCAUGCGUUUGUCCCUGAUUUCUCAUUCUGUGGGACUGAAGGAAAGAUGACUCCUAGGGUAGAGUCAGGGGCCAUAGGUGGGAGAAAUUCACCAUAAUU